AUGUGUCAGUUAAAAUUUCAAUUUGAAAUUAUUAAAAUAGUUCAGAAACGUGAAAUUAUUGUUUCAUUUGAAAUGCGUAAAUUGAUAAACGAAGGUAUCGAUUUACCCAUAGCCAAACAUUUAUCAACUUCUGCAUCCUGUAGCCUGGAAACUGACCCAAAUGCAUUUGUUUUUCAACUGAAUGGCCAACCUAAGCAGUCUUAUAUCGAUAACGAAAUUUGGCCACCUAUAUUCAAGCCUGAAUUUCUAAGAAGUGCAAAAAAUAUGACACCACGUGAUAGUGACAUUUUUGUUUGUACUUAUCCGAAGUGUGGUACCACGUGGAUACAACAUAUUUGUUCACAGUUACUUACUGAUAAUUAUGGACCACAAGUUGGACAGGAAUUGUACGUAACAAGUCCAAUGAUCGAACGAAUGGGUGCAAAAUUUGCUGAUAAUUUAGACUCACCAAGAUUGUUGAAAACGCAUUUUACAUGGGAUAAUGUGCCAAAAAACAAUAAUGCCAAAUAUAUUGUUGCCGUUCGAAAUCCAAAAGAUUGUCUUACAAGCUACUUUUUUCACAAUCGAAACUUCAAAAUCUACAACUACGAGGAUGGCGAUUUCUCCGCUUUUUUUGAACUUUUCCUGACUAAAAACAUUGCAUUUGGAAAUUAUUUUGACUAUCUGCUCAGUUGGCUUCCACACAUUAAUGAUGAAAAUGUGCUAUUUUUGAAAUAUGAGGACAUGUGCGCCGAUUUACGGCAAGCUGUUGUGAGGAUUGGUGAAUUUUUGGGCGGUAAGGCUGCAAAACAUGUUCAAAAUGAAGCUGUACUAUGUCAAAUUGUUGCAAACAGUACGAUCAAAUCGAUGAAAAAAGAUCAAUGGCGAUGGUUUCCAGAAAAUUGCCUACGACAAAAUAUUUUCAUCCGAAAGGGCGGAAGUGGAGAUUGGAAGAAUUAUUUCACACGAAACCAAUCCGAUAGAUUAGAUGCUAUGUAUCAAAAAUAUCUAACCGGAACAAUUGCGGAACACUGGUGGGAAGAUGAAAUAGCAUGGGAUAAUGUUGAAGGGGAUAUCGGAAUUGAAGCUGAUUUAUCAUCCAUGUCUAUUGCUGAAGAAUGUAGCAGUAGUACAAGCUCAAGGAGGGAUUCUUGGGAUAAUUAUCGCGAAGAUUCUAUCGAGCCUACUGAUAUGAACUUAUUGAAGACAACCAUUCAAAAAUACAUCCCAUGGCGUGAGCGUGUAUCAUCGCAAUCGUCAUCAGGAUAUAAUUCAUUAUCUACAUCGUUACAUUAA